CCCAGCCCAAUCCGACUCGCAGAGGUCGCAUAGUCUCCCUCUCUUCCUUCGAUAGAACGAACCCAAAAAAAAAAAAAAAGGCCAAAAACCUUAACAAAAAUUUUUUCGACACACAAAAUCGAUUCCGUUCUUCCUCACAGAGAGAGGGCUUCGCUCGAGAUUCAACAGUCAUGGCCAUGGCUACGCAUUUGAGGAGCAUUUCCUGAAUUUCUAGGGCAAAUUCGACCGUAUUCCUUGCAGGGGAGUCCCGGCGUGCAAAACCCUAGGGGAGAGACUGACUGCCCCCCUGGAGAUCGAGGGAGAGCUUCUCCUACGUCUGCUUGUCGUCGCCUAGCUCCCAAUUUGGCGGUCCAGUGCUUAAUUCCUGCUGAAUUUUCGGUUCUAGCUGGUGGAUUUUGAAAUCCAUGCGAGGGCCAAGAUUUUAAUCUCUAGGAAAGGAAUGUGUGGAUGUAGCUCAAGACUUACUCUUUAGUAAAUGCUGAGGUUGAUUCAAUGGGAGGAGUUGUUGACGGCGGAGUUGGCAUUGGCAUCAAAACCUCUCCGCGUCGGGCUGCAAUUGAGAAGGCUCAAGCAGAGCUCAGACAGGAGUAUGAUGUUCGUGAGGAAAGACGGAGAGAGUUGGAAUUUCUUGAGAAAGGUGGAAAUCCAUUGGACUUUAAAUUCGCAAAUGUUGCAUCUCUGAGCGUACAGUCUACAUCACUUGCCAAUCGUCAUCCAGAACAGUUCCACUCCAGUGAAGCAAAGGCUAGUUUUGCAUUGGCUGCUUCACCUCAUGGGGAUUCUGUUGAGAGCAGUGGUAGACCAGGGCCUCCUUCCAUUUCUGGACGAAAAAGUACUGAUAAUCCUGUACUUUUUGAUGGCGAGAAUGAGUUGCUUGAUGGUGAAAAGAACUCGCUUCAUCUUGGGAAGAAGAAUAACAUCACUUCUUCUGAGCAGUCUUCACAAAUGGAUGGUAAUCGGAAUGCUAAAGAGUUAGAAGAUUCAGCCAAUUUACGUCCUUAUGCUCGGAGGUAUAGGACACGGACAAACCGUGAUGGUGCACGAUUGGGUUCAGCUGAUGGUGUUCACAAUCGCGGUGGCCACGGGUCCUCCCUUGCUUCUCGUGCAAAUAUUAAGGAUGCAAAAGGAUCGUCAACUGAAACAAACAGCCAAAAGGAAAAGCCUAAACUCGUAGGAAUUAAUGGUGAUAUGAUUUCUAGGACUGCAACUCCUGAAAGUCGUUUGGAUGGGCAAAUAGAUGGGGAGCAGGCUCUAGUAUCCAUCAGUAGCCUCAAGCAAAGUGGUUUGCCUACAGAUAAACUAGACAUUUCAACGAAAGGUUCAAAGGAUAAUAACCGGCACAAGCAACCAUCUAGUAAUCGAAAACCUCCAGAUUUGGCUUGCCAGGGCCCUGAUCUAGUUCCCAGCGGCGAAGGCACAGUCUCAGUCGGGAAUGAUGAUUUGCCUCCUUUGACCAAGGAAAAAGAAAUUGAUACUAUUGGCAAGCUAAAUGGUUCUAGCGAUUUCAAGGGGGAUGGCACAACCGUUGGUAAUGAAGUUCAGAAGAGCUGUGAAGCACGUGAUAGGAAGGGUUCAGAGUCUUCCAUCCACCCAAGCAUAGGUAUGGAUGCGAAGAAAGUUAGUAUUUGUAAUGAUGCAGUGAAGAUUAAUUCCAAUGGAAAUUCUGUGGUACAACCAUCAGAAUCUGAAACUAAUGAGAAGCUGGCGGGAGACGAGUUGAUAGAACAAGAAGACAUCAACAAGAUUGUUGACAGUACCAUAGUAGCUAGCAAUGAAAAUCAUUCUCCUCAACAAAUUGAAGCUGUCAAUGGUGCAGUGUGUGAAGGGGAUGAGGAAACAAAUGGUAGGCCUGACCUACAGAUAAAGGCGAAUGAUGCUUCAGGUGCAAGUGAAGAUGAACAUGGGGCGCAGAUGGGGACUGAAAAUGAGAGAGAGGAGAAAAACAUGGACUGUAAUUCCAACCUCGACAGGGAUAAUUUAUGCAAUUCGAGACCCCCUGUUGAUUUAUCAUCUUGUGAGGCUCCAAGUACCAGCUUAUCUGGAAUGGAAUGCGAUGCUCCUCCUGACCGUCAGACUCCUGGCAAUAACUUGAGCACAGUAGACAAGGCAUAUGAAGACUCAGUAUUGGAAGAGGCUCGGAUAAUUCAGGCGAAGCAUAAAAGGAUUGCUGAGUUAUCUCGUCAGGCGUCUCGUGCGGAGAUUCCGCAGAGAUGUCACUGGAACUUUGUACUUGAGGAGAUGGCAUGGCUGGCGAAUGAUUUUGCACAGGAACGUAUCUGGAAGAUGACAGCUGCUGCUCAAUUAUGUCAUCGAAUUGCUUCCUUCUCGCGGUACAGAUGUGAGGAACAAAGUCAACGGGGAAAACUAAAAGUAGUAGCCCACAACUUGGCAAAAGCUGUGAUGCAAUUCUGGCAUUCUGCAGAGAUGCUUAUAAAUGGCGAGAAUUCAAAUCCUGGUCUGGAAACUAGGCGAUCAGAAUCUGAGGGAGCGCAGAUGACCAACGGUGAUGAAGUGUCUGAUGGCAAAACUGAAGACCCUGAUAUGGAAUCAAGCAAAACGUCAAUGCUUCAAAUUCCUGGAAGAAGAACUCCUAUUCAGGCCUAUGCGGUUCAAUAUUUGAGGGACAACAAUCCUCAUGUUUAUCCAAGCCAAGUUGAGGCACCUAAGACUCCUGAUAUUGUAUCUGAUGUAGACAUGCCAGAAGUAUCAUGGGAUGAUCAUCUUACUGAAGAGAGCCUUUUCUACACAGUCCCCUCUGGAGCAAUGGAAGCCUAUAGAAAAUCUAUUGAAGCUUAUGUGACAGAGUGUGAGAGAACUGGAAGUAAUGUCCAAGAAGAAGUUGGUACAUCCAUUUUCGGUACUGUUGCAGAUCAAGGAUAUCAAGACAAUGCUUAUGAUGAGGAUGAAGCUGAAACAAGCGCGUAUUACUUGCCUGGGACUGCUGAGGGUAGCAAAUCAUUGAAAUUUGCACAGAAGAAACGGAAGAACCCGAAAUUUUAUGAACAGGGAGCUGAUCUGCCCUAUGGUCACUACACACCUGUGACUCAGCCUUCCACUUUUGUGGAAAAAAGGCCUGCCAAUCUUUCUGUUGGCCCUAUUCCUGCAAAGCGAAUGCGUACCGCUAAUGCUUCAAGGCAGAGAGUUCUAAGUCCUUUAGGUACUGGAGCUCAUAGUGGCAUUCAGGCUCAAGCAAAAACUGAGGUUUCAAGCGGAGACACAAAUUCUUUUCAUGAUGAUCAGAGCUCUUUGCAUGGUGGAUCUCGGAUCCAGAAAGGUGUUGAGGUUGAGUCAGCAGGAGAUUUUGACAAGCAUAUGUCCUAUGACUAUGCUGAAACAUCAACAAAGCCGAAGAAAAAGAAGAAAACGAAACAUCCGGAUUCUACAUUCGAGCCGGGUUGGCAGAUGGGUUCUACCGCUCUUGGCGAACAGAGAGAACAAUCAAAGAAAAGAUCGGAGCAUUUUGAGUCUAAUGGAACCAGUGGUCUAUAUGCCCAACAUAAUGCCAAGAAACCAAAGACGAUGAAGCAGUCACAAGAUAAUACUUACGACAAUAUCAUGUCGAUGAAUGGGUCCAUGCCUUGCCCCAUGGGAUCGCAAGUCAGUAAUAUGUCCAACCAAAACAAAAUGAUAAGAUAUAUUGGUGGCCGUGAUAGAAGUAGGAAAGCAAAGGCACUCAAGGCAUCAUCCUUGCAUUCUGGUCCUGGAAGUCCUUGGUCACUAUUUGAAGACCAGGCGCUUGUUGUCCUUGUACAUGAUAUGGGCCCUAACUGGGAACUUGUGAGUGAUGCUAUCAAUAGCACCCUCCAAUUUAAGUGUAUCUUUCGCAAGCCUAAAGAAUGCAAGGAGCGUCACAAAUUCUUAAUGGAUAAGACUGCUGGUGAUGGGGCUGAUAGUGCUGAAGAUUCAGGGUCGUCCCAGUCUUAUCCAUCUACGUUACCAGGAAUUCCGAAGGGAAGUGCCAGGCAGCUGUUUCAACGGUUGCAAGGACCUGUAGAAGAGGAUACUUUAAAGGAACAUUUUGACAAGAUUAUUCACAUUACAAGGCAGCAUCAUCGGAGGAUUCAGUUGAAAACCGAGAAUCAGGACUUGAAGCAAAUACCAGUUCACAAUUCUCACUUCGUGGCUCUUUCACAAGUCUGCCCAAACAACCUCAAUGGAGUUGUCCUUACGCCGCUUGAUCUUAUUGAAGCAACUGCAUCGGGCCCUGAUGUUCUUCCUCUUGGUUAUCAAGGUUCUCAUGCUACUAACUUAGCAAUGCCAAAUCAGGGUGGUGCCGUAUCAUCAGUACUUGCUGCUUCUGGGGUGAAUUCAACGUUGCCUGUAUCAUCGGGUUUUGCUCUUGGCAAUAACAUGUCGCCCUCUGGGUCCUUCAAUGCACCCACGAGGGAUGGGAGGUAUAAUGCUCCAAAGACAUCAUCUUCACCGGGAGACGAGCAACACAGGAUGCAACCAUAUAAUCAAAUGUUGUCAAAUAGGACUAUUCCACAAUCCAAUUUAUCCAUUCCUGGGGCUGUUCCGGGAAGCGACCGAGGUGUUCGCGUAUUGCCAGGUGGAAAUGGUCUUGGAGUGAACAGAACCACUGUGCCAAUGGCAAGACCUGGUUUUCCGGGAAUGGCCUCCUCACCAAUGCUAAGUUCAAGUGCCAUGCUUUCCUCUCCCAUGGUGGGUUCCCAGAGCACCGUAAACAUGCAUGCUGGAUCAGGUCCUACUCAAGGAAGAGCACGGGAGGUGAUGCAUAUGGCGAGGGGUGGCCACAACAUGGAGCAGCAGAGACAGAUGCCAUCCCAGGAUCUCCCAAUGCAUGUCACUCAGGGCAAUGCUCAAGGAGUUUCCCCAUUCAAUGGAAUAAGCCCUGCAUUCUCUAAUCAGACAACUUCGCCUGUUCAGACAUACCCAGGACACUCCCAGCAGCAGCAGCAUCAGAUGUCAUCGCCGCAGCCCCAUGCCCCUAACAAUCCUCAUCAUCACCCUCAGCUUCAGGGCAGUAAUCACAGCACAGGUCCUCAGCAGCAGCAGAUGUAUCUCCGACUUGCCAAGGAGAGGCAGCUGCAGCAGCAGCAGCAGCAGCGGUUUCUGCAGCAGCAGCAGUUUUCAGCAUCCAAUAAUUUAAUGUCACCGGUACAGUCACCACCUCAGCUUCCCAUGUCAUCACCUCUACAGAACAGCCCCCAAAUUCAGUCCCAGCCGCUGACCGCUGCAUCAUUGCCACCUCUCACUCAGUCUUCCCCGAUGACUCCUAUUGCCUCACAGCAGCACCCUCAGAAGAAUCAGUUGCCCCCUCAUAGUCAUGGUCUUCCUCGAAAUCCACAAACUACUGUUGGGGGCUUAAACAAUCAAGUGGGUCCAAAGCAACGACAACGUCAGGCUCAGCAGCAGCAAUUCCAACAAUCUGGGAGGGCCCACCCUCAGCAACGGCCACAAGCUCAACCUCACCAGCAGCAGGCAAAAUAUCUGAAGGGAAUUGGAAGAGGAAACAUGUUCCAUCAGAAGGCCCCGGUAGACCCUUCUCACUUGAAUGGUCUGUCCGUGGCUCCAGGGAGUAUGGGCGCAGAGAAGGAGAUGAUGCAACAAGGUCAGGGCUUGUACCCUGGGGUGGGUAUAAAUCAGGUUCAACCUUCAAAAGCACCAAUUCCUCAGGCUCCCCACCAUUCCCAGCUGCCUUCGAGUCCAGCAGCCCCACAUUCUGCAAAGCAACAUCCGCAGCAGCAGGUGCCUUCUCAUUCGGAGAACAGCGUGUCAGGGCAGUUUUCUGCUGGUCCUCCUGGACAUAAUACGUCUUCGGCUCCCCAUCAAGCUGUUCCCUCCACGUUACUGAACCCGCACAUUGGACAGCUGCAGCCGCAGCCCCAGCCCCAGCCGAAUCAGAUUAACCAAAGCCAUACAGUUGCCCAGAGGAUGCACCCACAGAAUCGUCAACACAUGAACUAUGAGCAGCUGCAGGUGAAGUCUCAACACGAUAAAGCUCAAGCGGCUGAUCAGAAGCUUGUUAAUUCAGCGGCCUCUCAGGCUGGUGUUGGCUCAGCAGCAACAACUGCUGUUGCUGGAUCUGUUGAUUCUGCUAGUAAAGCAGCUAGGGCUGCUUCUCCUCCCGUUCAUCCACAGCGUAAACCAUCAGAAGCUGGUAUUCCUAGCACAUCUUCCCAAGUUGGUCCCAUUGGGAGCCCAACUGUUCCAAGUUCGGUCAGGAGUGAGCAAUUGCCAUCUCUGACCCAAGGAGGAAUAGGGCAGAGACACCUAGCGGAAAACUUGCCCCACCACGGUCAUGGUGGUGGUGGGGCCCACGGGUCACUGGCUAAACAGUCCUCAGGGCCCCUGCCGCCUCCAUCCCAGCAGCACUACCUGCCUCAGUCACAGGAGCAACGGGAACAACCGCUGCCUCAGCAACAAUCACAGCAGCCACAGCCUCAGUCUCAGCCUCCCCAGAAUCAGCAUUUGCAAGCAGCACAGGGAAGCUUGUAUAUUGGGCCAACGAAUACUUAAAGCUGGGACGGUACUGAUCUUUUAGAUUGGGCUGUUCGGAGAGCAGUCUGUCCUGGCAGGUUUGAAUCAGAAUGCCCUUCAGCAGCAAUGUACAGAUUGUGCUGGUUUUUCCCCUAUGGGGGCAUCGCAGGUUCAAGUCGGAGAGGAACGCGGAUUGGGGACUCUUGCCUGGUCAGAUGACGAUAAUAUUAAGGGUGGGGAUACAUUCCGGUGGGUGGGGGGGGGGGGACCGAAUUCUGUCCGUUUUUUUUUUUCUAACAGGGCUCGUGUAUAUUACCACUUGGCCUAGGGCUCAGAGAAGAGAGAUGGAUAUAUAGAUUUUUGUACAGGGUAAAAUCAUCAUCUCUUCUUUGUAAUCUUUCUUUUGUUCUGAUCUUUUUAAGUUUAGGGUUUUUAACUAGGGUUCUCUCCUGUGCUUGAUGGCCCAAUUCUUUUAUGGCCUCUUUUAAAAUAGAUUAGUGCAUGAUGAUGAUGAUGUACUAUUUACCCCCUUGGGGAGAAAAAAAAAAUUAGUGGAUAGGCAUGGCAAUCAUUGUUGGCAAAGGCCCUUUCCGUUUUAUGCAAAAUUUUUGUGAAUAUAAUCUGAUCCUUUCUGUUC